AUGCGCAGGACCACGCUUGCUCGGCAGAAGCAAAGCGACCUUGCCGUAGGAUCGACUUGUAAGCACCGUCACCGAUUCGCGUUCGGAUUCCGCUGCCUUGUGCUCAAAAAUGGCUACACCACUCGCUCCACCGCCAUCCUUCUGCUCGUCCCUUUCACCGGGUGCAAGCAUACAUUCACACGUUCCGAUAUCGGAGACAGCCGGAAGACCAGAUUCGCAUGA